AUGAGUCAGCAGAUCCGGAAUCUGUCGGAGCUGCAGGAGGAGGUGAACUCGUUGGAUAGUCGCUACGUAUUGGAGAAAGUAAUUGGUGCUGGAUCAUAUGGAAUAGUGAUACGUGCGAGGGACACUCUCAAUGACAACGAGCUUGUGGCGAUUAAGCGUGUUAACAAGGAGAUAUUUGAGGAGAUGAUUCUGGCGAAACGCGUACUGCGUGAGAUUAAGUUGCUUUCAUUUUUCAAUGAUGAGAAUAUCAUUGCGCUCCGAAAUAUCCUCACCCCACUUGACAGUGACAGUUUUGAUCACUUCUACAUUGUCAUGGAAAUCAUGGAGACGGACCUGAAACAGGUUUUACGCACCGGCCAGGAGCUAACGGAGGCCCAUGUUCAGUUCUUUAUUUACCAAAUCCUGCAUGCGUUGAAGGUAAUUCAUUCCGCGGGCGUCAUUCACCGCGACAUAACUCCGGCGAACAUUCUAGUGAACCAAAACUGUGACUUGAAGAUAUGUGACUUUGGUCUUGCAAAGGAGGAAAGUGAUCACGGAGAAAAUAUGACGGAUUAUGUGACAAUGCGCUGGUACCGCGCACCGGAGCUCGUGAUGGAGGACAAAAACUACUCGACACAAAUUGAUGUCUGGGGCGUAGGAAGUAUCCUUGGCGAACUGCUUGGCUCACGGCCGCUGUUUCAAGGCAAAGACCGUGUGCGGCAGCUUGACAAGAUCAUUGAAGUGAUUGGUACCCCGUCAGAGGAAGAUAUAAAAUCUAUCGGUUCUUUACCAGCCCAGAAGUACCUACGUAAAAAGGAGCAGCGCACCCCGCUAGACUGGCGCGUGAAGUACCCGAGGGCGUCCGAAAAUGCCCUCGAUUUGCUGCAGCGCAUGCUCGUCUUUCAUCCUGAUAAACGCAUUACCGUGGACGAGGCCCUCCGGCAUCCAUUCCUGGGGGAACUCUACGAUGAACAAUAUGAGACUAUCGACAUACCCUUUUUCAGCUUUGACGAGCAUGAACAGAAAACUGUGAAUGAUGUGAAAAGGGCGGUGUAUGAGGAAAGUGUGAGGUUCCACGAAAAAUACCCCAAGACGGCGCCGCGCAAUCUACAGUUACAGCAGCAACAACAACAGCAAGGCGGCUCUAUCCUUCCGUCUAUGGGUGUCACCGGGGAAGGCCGCUCUGCUCAGAGGACGAUUGAAGGAAAUGACGUAGAUGAUGUAGACAAUGGCCGGUUUGACGAGGUGGUGGAGGCGUCUUAG